AUGGUCUUCAAGCUUGUCAUUGCUACUGUUGCUCUCGUUGCUGUCGCUGGCGCUGCCAACUACAAGCGUGUCACUUGCCCCGACGGGGUUAAUACUGCAACAAAUGAAGCAUGUUGCGCUUUCUUCUCUCUCCGCGAUGACUUGCAGAACAACCUGUUCGAGGGAGAGUGUAGCGAGGACGUACAUGAGUCCCUGCGCCUGACGUUCCACGAUGGUGUCAGUUUCUCGCUGUCAGGCAAAUUUGCGGGUGGCGGAGCAGACGGCUCGAUUCUCCUCUUCCGUGACAUCGAGACCAACUUUACUGAGAAUGCAGGUACUGACGAUGGUGCUGAUGCUCUCGCGCCAUUCCUUACUCGUCACCUCGUCUCUGCUGGCGACCUUAUCCAGUUUGCUGCUGCUGUCGGCAUAACAAAUUGCCCUGGCGCCCCUCGUCUUCAGUUCCUCGUCGGCCGCCCUAACGCAACGGCUCCUGCUCAAGACGGUGCCAUUCCAGGACCGGCUGACUCUGUGGAUACCAUUCUCUCCCGUUUCGCCGACGCGGGCUUCACGACUGCAGAAGUUAUACACUUGCUUGCAUCUCACACUGUAGCUCGCUCGGACACGAUUGUCCCAGAUCAUCAGGCGGUUCCCUUCGACAGCACGCCAUUCGACUUCGACACACAGUUCUUCCUCGAGACUCUGCUUAAGGGAACUGCCGUCCCGUUCAACCGCACGGAACCCAACACAGCCGGGGGUGAAGUCGACUCUCCUCUUGCUGCUGAAGGCGAGAUGCGUCUGCAAUCCGACUUUGCUCUUGCUCGUGACCAGCGUACGGCCUGCGAAUGGCAGAGCAUGGUUGACAACCAACGUCUCAUGAUGGAGAAUUUCAGGACCGCGAUGAUGAAGCUCUCGAAUGUCGGACAGGACACAAGCAAACUCGUUGACUGUUCCGAACUCAUCCCCGUCCCGAAGCCGGCCGUGAAGUUGCACGCCACCUUCCCUGCAGGCACAAGUCGCAAUGAAGUCCAGCAGUCAUGCCCGUUGCCGUUCCCAGUCCUCCGUACCGAUCCCGGCCAGGCCACUCAGAUUCCAGAGUGCCCGAACGGCGACCUCAACCUUGCUGACUGCCCGUCCUAA